AUGGAGGUAGCAGAGGCCGACAUGCACAGGAAGGAACUGGUGGAAAUAUCUGAAGCAGGAGAAGGUGGAGGAGCUCAGCUCAGAGAACCCUACCAUGAUGGAGAGCUUCUAGCAGACUUUUUAGUAGAUGAGCACAGCUCAGUACACAGUCACAUGGAUGUAGGAGACCGGCUCACGUACCUGGAGCAGCGAAUGCAGAUGCAGGAGGAUGAGAUCCAGCUGCUGAAAAUAGCACUGGCUGAUGUUCUCAAGAGACUCAACAUUUCAGAGGCACAAACUGCUGCUCUCACUAAGAGAGGACCUGCUAAAGCCAAGCCUGUUUCUUUGGCCUCACCAUGCAAAACUGCCAGCAAUACAGCUGUUUCUUUAAAGAAAGGCUCCUGCAACACACUGCCCUCUUCCACAUUCUCCAGGAACUACAGCCCAAUACUGGCCAGCAAAAGAAGUCCUGCAGGUGGUGUGAAAGACAGUUCAGGCACUCCCACCAAGCGCAUGCCUGCGACCACCAGUACCACUACGACCACCUGUAGGAAACUCCAAGAAAGCAACAAACCGAAGGAGACCAGUGAAAGUGUUGUAGGAACACGACGAGUGACUCACUGCAAAGUGACUAUGCAGAUUUAUCUGAGCCCCCAGUCAAAAAGGAUUGGACCCACUAACACACCAGUUGCCACAGCUGUGCAGCCGAAUGUGUACCCGCCUGCGAGUGGCCCCCCUCCAGAUAAUGCAUCCUCCAGAAAAAGUAAAGCAGGAUCUGGAAAAAAACCUCCCUGCACUCUCUCCCUGCACAAGAGGCGAUGCCAGAGCCCAUUCUCUCCUGCUGACACCCCCACCUACAAGAGCCCCAUCAAAUCCCCCAGCCAGUAUUUCCAGAUAUGUUACUAAUGAUACAUAAGUAGAAGCAGCCUGAUUUUCUGUAAAUAAAUUACACAUAAAAGCUGUUGGGACCAAAUGCAGAUCCAAAUUGGUGAUUGGGUUAGCACUGGCAACCUAUAACAUCUAUCUGGAGACCUUAGGCCACCUUAACAAUACAUAUUUCUUACACAUAGACCUAACUAGGUAGAAUACUUGUAUUAAAAUAUGUGUACCCAACUUCUACACACUUAUAUUAAAUGUACUUUAUGUCCCCUAAAGUGGCCUUGGCCACCCCUGAUAUUUAAUUUAAUAUUAUUAAUAAUUAUUUUGUUUUAGAACCACCAUUGUUGUUAAAAGUUUUCUUGUGCUGCAUCAGAAGCCACAAACUUAAAUAGUAAUUGACCUGCUACUUGUUUGCAUCCAAUUAAUCCAGGGAACUCUGCAGGCCAUUUGAAGCUCACAACAUUACAGGUUUGACCAAACAAGUCUAGUUUAUUGCAUGUGGGCAGUUUUUGGUCACAGCCUGUUUUGGCCCAGUUCAUAAAAAGGAGAACCACUACCCUAAUCCUUAUGUCCCAAAAAUGUUCAAAAAAUAUACAAACUGUUUCUUUAAUUAAUAUAGUUCUAUUUAAAA